ACAACGGAACAGACUGGAGCCGAUGGACACCAUCUUUGUCAAGCAGGUGAAAGAGGGCGGCCCCGCGCACGGAGCUGGACUCUGCACAGGGGAUCGUAUAGUUAAAGUCAAUGGAGAAAGCAUCAUUGGGAAAACGUAUUCUCAAGUAAUUGCCCUUAUUCAGAACAGUGACACAUCUCUUGAGCUCUGCGUGAUGCCAAAAGAUGAAGACAUUUUACAGCUGGUAGGUUUAAAUUCUCAUGGGUUUUCUUGUCAUACUCUUGUCAAAUGAAUGGAUUCCUCUUUAGCGUUUCAUAUUGGCUUGAUCCGUUAAAAUUGUUAUUCGAGUAAAUUCAAGUUACUAGUGCCCUCUUGUUUUUGAAUGUUUUUUUGCAGUAGAUUAUGUUCAGGUGAGCGGUGGUAUGUGUGUCAUUGUCAAAAGUUUCUGAAUGAACAGUGGAUAAAGUGCACUGAAAUUGCUCAAGUAAAAAGGAAUUGUGGGAAGGAGAGCAGACCAGUGAAAAUAAAUGGCACCGGUUUUUGUGUGAAGAUGCUCUCUCAGCCAGAGUUCAGUGAUCCAGCGGAGCGUGAUGGCGCCUGUGUGUGUGUGUGUGUGUGUGUGAGUGUGCUUAUUUUGAAAUUCAACUAUAAUGAGGUUUUUCUCAGAACUAGGGUUGUAAUGCCACUUCCGUAUCUUUGCACAUUCCAAACAGAACUCCAAAUCUCAGGCUGUUACAUGCCAACCACAUAAACUCAUACGCCACUGUGGAGCCCUCUGGGACUUUCUAACUUGACAGUAAUGAGUCCAUCCAGUGCUGAAUUUAAGACUUGGGAGGAAUGGCAUUGUUAUCUCAGCUAACAAGAAAUGGUUCUCUGUGACGAUAAAGCUAUAUGUAACACCACAUCAGUCUUGGAUUCUAGCAGUCGUAUUACAGCACACAAACAUUUAAAAACUUUUAUUAGAUUCAA